GGGUUGUGUGGAUAAAUGGUCCAAUGUGUCACUUUAAAGGAGGAAGAGAUAUGGGAAAGCUCCAAGCAACCAGAAAUGUCUGCAGAGACCAUCCCCCUGUUGAGGAGAGAUCUCAGUAAAACCAAGGAAUACACAUCUCAGAUCAAAAGCCAGAUUACUCGAGAUUUCUGUUGCAUGAAGGAAUAUGUUGAAAGACAAGAGAGAAACACAUUGAUGUUCAUUGAACAAGAGCAAAAAGCUGCUCAACAGAAGAUUGAAGAGACUAUUCACCAGCUCACAGAGAGCAAAGCCCAAACUAGUAACUUACCUUAUGAAGGCUCACUUUCAAUAAUGAAUAAAAUUACACUUGAUGAGAAGCUUAAUGUUGUCAAAAGUGCUGUAGAAGAUCUUAAGAGAAAGUUGGAAAUGUUACUUUUGGAGAAAUACCCUCAGCAAUUCCCACCAGUGCAACCUCCAAACUCGUAUCAGGAGACAAGUGUCUGCUCAUCACCCCCAGAUUCUGCAGCUGAGAUUCCAGACCUGGUGAUUCCAAGCCAGUUUUCUCAGUGGGCAGAGGACGUGACUUUUGACCACAGGAGAGCAAACGAGCGCUUGGCCCUCACAGCCCAGAACAGCAGAGUGGUGGUUUCCAGCCACCCCACCUGGUAUGAACCAGCUCCCAGGAGAUUCUGCAUCAGCCAAGUGAUGUGUUCCCAGAGCUUCUCCACGGGGUGCCACUACUGGGAGGUGCUUACCAGGGACAGUGAUGGAUGGGCUGUUGGAGUCGCUCACGAAAUGAUUGGGAAGAGGGACAAAUUGGGAAGAACAGAGCAUUCCUGGUGCGUGGAAUGGCUGGGUUCCAAAAAGCAGCUGUCAGCCUGGCACAAGGAUCAAGAAACAUUGUUACACAAGGAUAAACCGCUGAGGGUUGGGGUUUUCCUGGAGCUACAAAAGCAGACAGUGUCCUUUUACUCCAUCACUGACAGGGAAAUGCUCUUGCACACCUUUGAACUCAGCACCUCCCAUCCUCUCUAUCCUGCCUUCUGGCUGUACAGCCUGGAAAGAAAUGGAUCUUUAACUCUAAGCCACCCAAACAGGAGAUAAAGCCUAUUCAGAAAAGGGACCAUUUUGCCAAUGACUGCAGAGUUUCUAUCCAAGCUUCAGUGUUUAGCACAGGAAUUUACAAAGGAAUGCAUAGCUACCCAGGAUUUCCUGGGAAUCAGCAGCUGGUUUUUGCCUGCUCUGCUGCUCUCCAUGCUGUGCUCUGGUCCAGCCAUACCUCAGUAAAGCAAUUCCAGUGUCUGCUGAAGGCAGGAACCAUCCCUGUGGAGAUCAGGUGGAUUUCUUAAGCAGCUUUAAGUAGCCCCAGGAUAUUCCUGGGAAGGAAUGCACCAAGGAAGCUCUAAGGCUGGGGAUAAGCCUUGCUCAUGGACCUUAUUUUUCCUACAUUGAUCUAAAAAAAUACAGAACAGAUGAUGCCAUUACUUUCUGUCAAGUGAGCUUGCUUUGGAAAGAUCUGAGUGAGUAAGGAAUGCUCAGAGGGCAAGAAUGUUACUGGUCUCAGGCAUGAAAUCUUUCUCUUUAGAUACUAAACUACAGGAAAUAGGCUUUGUAUUUGAGGACCUGCCACUUUGGGUCCCAGAAGAUCAUCUCACUGGCACUGUAUUUUAGUCUUGCCCCCACCAAAGGGUUUUUUUCAGUCCUGGUGAUGGUGUGAUGACAGGAAUGGUUGUGGAAGCAGAUGCUCAGAGGUGUUUAUACCAGCUAAUAAAUCAUGCAGUCACUUUAUUGCUCUUUUAAGGGGCCAGCAAACAUGACUGUGUCAUGGAAAGGACCAUCUUUUCUUGCCAGGGAGCCUGAGACAAGGCAAGAGGUUCUCAGUUGUCCCUGUGGGGUCCUGGAAAACCUACUGACAGCUGGAUUUCUGAGACAUCCACUGCUUCAUGCAGGCAAGCUGAAAACAGCAUUCUCAAGAAGCAAAAGCUCUUUUAGGGAGACAGGAGCAUUCCAGAAUGAACAAA